CACAGCUCUCUUCACUGCUCUCUCCUUCAUCCCCAUCUUCUUCUUGUUCUUCUUCAUCCUCCUCCUCCUCCUCUUCCCGUCUAGAACGGAAAACUCUUCUUCUCUCCUUCGACCGCCAAUUAGACAGACGGGUAGGUCUAACUCCUGGCCUUCAUCCUCAUCAUCUUCACCGUCCUCGGAGGAAGAAGGACAGGGAGCUCCCUGACCCCUUGCCCCACCAGGUCACCAUGGCAACGAUCAUCUGCACUCGGUUCACCGAGGAGUUUCAGAUGUAUGAAGAGUUGGGAAAGGGAGCGUUUUCUGUGGUGCGCCGCUGCGUGAAGGUUCUGUCGGGUCAGGAGUACGCUGCCAAGAUCAUCAACACCAAAAAACUCUCAGCCAGAGAUCAUCAGAAGCUGGACCGCGAAGCUCGCAUCUGUCGAUUGCUGAAGCACCCAAACAUCGUGCGGCUACAUGACAGUAUUUCAGAGGAGCUUCAUCAUUACCUCAUCUUUGACCUGGUAACGGGCGGAGAGCUGUUUGAAGAUAUUGUAGCCAGAGAAUAUUACAGUGAAGCUGACGCCAGUCACUGUAUCCAGCAGAUUUUGGAGGCGGUGCUACAUUGUCACCAAAUGGGCGUUGUCCACAGAGACCUGAAGCCCGAGAACCUGUUGCUGGCAUCAAAGUCUAAAGGAGCGGCUGUGAAACUGGCCGACUUCGGCCUCGCCAUCGAGGUGGAGGGAGACCAGCAGGCCUGGUUCGGCUUUGCAGGGACCCCCGGUUACCUGUCCCCGGAGGUUUUGAGGAAAGACCCUUAUGGCAAAGCUGUCGACCUUUGGGCCUGUGGUGUGAUUCUCUACAUCUUAUUGGUUGGUUAUCCUCCAUUUUGGGAUGAAGAUCAACAUCGUCUCUACCAGCAAAUCAAGGCUGGAGCUUAUGAUUUCCCCUCUCCUGAGUGGGACACAGUGACUCCUGAAGCUAAAGACCUCAUAAAUAAGAUGUUAACCAUCAACCCGUCUAAAAGGAUCACAGCAGCCGAGGCUCUGAAGCACCCCUGGAUCUCUCACCGCUCGACCGUGGCCUCCUGUAUGCACCGGCAGGAGACCGUUGAGUGUCUGAAGAAGUUCAACGCCAGGAGGAAACUCAAGGGAGCUAUCCUCACCACCAUGUUGGCCACCAGGAAUUUCUCCGGAGGCAAGAGCGGCAACAAGAAGGCCGACGGCGUCAAGGAAUCAUCUGAGAGCACAAACACCACCAUUGAGGAUGAAGACACCAGAGUGAGGAAACAGGACAUUAUUAAAGUGACAGAGCAGCUCAUCGAGGCAAUCAGCAACGGGGACUUUGAGAGCUACACUAAAAUGUGCGACCCAGCUGUCACAGCGUUCGAGCCUGAGGCACUGGGGAAUCUGGUUGAAGGCCUUGACUUCCACCGCUUUUAUUUUGAAAACUUGUGGUCUAAGAACAGUAAACCGGUCCACACCACCAUCCUGAACCCUCACAUCCACCUGGUGGGAGACGAGGCCGCCUGCAUCGCCUACAUUAGAGUGACUCAGUACAUCGACGCCAACGGGACGCCUCGCACCGCCCAAUCAGAGGAGACCCGGGUGUGGCACCGCCGCGACGGGAAGUGGCAGAUCGUCCAUUUCCACCGCUCGGGCUCCCCCUCCACACUGACCAAGUAAGAACAGCUAACCUCCAGCGUGGGCGGGUCUUUUCACUGUCGCUUUGAUGACUGAUUGAUUGACAGCAGGGCCAGGCUUGCGACACCAGACAGGAAGUUUGAACAAGGGGGGCGGAGCCAGAGAGCAGCGAAAUGCACAAUCAACCAAUCAGCUUCCACCUCACGCCCCCUUGUGACCAGCCACUCAGCUGCUCCGAUUGUGAUACUGUAUGAAAACCUCUUAUGUCGUCCGUCGGGAUGAUUGACAGGAUCAACGGCUCCUUCACGUCCCUGAAAAGGUUUCCCCUUAAAACUCCUCAUUCAGAGCUCAACAAAGUUAUUCGAUUUUAUUAACAUGAAGUAUCAAAAUAUUUAUCAAGUUUAUUAGAUUAUUAUUGGACACAUUAAUGUUGUUUUAAUUUAUUUUAACAGUUUUUAGCUAUUUACAUUCAUUCAUGAGGUCAAAAAACAACAACGCAAUUAUUGAUAAUUAUUCUAUUUCUGCUCUUUAUAUUUCCCAAAAAUGACGAAGAUAAAGAUUAUUAUUUCUCAAUGAUUCUCAAGAGGUGAUUUAAAUUGGCUUUAAAGUUGCUCAAUUAUUCUGUUGAAUAUUUAAUGUAUUACACAUCUAAGAUUAUUCAUAUAUAACUAGAGAAUAAGACAAAUUUGAUUGUUUAGAGUCAAAAAGGUUGAACAAUCAAUUCAUAAAGUUGUGACUUGGUUAAACAGAUUAAAUAUAAUAUUUAAUAUGAGUCUACGAAGUCGAGGAAUCGAGGUUUGGAUGUUCAUCUCUCUGCUUCCGUCGGCCUCGGAGACCUCCGCCAGCUUCCUGCUCUCCGACCCGCCAUCUUCCAUGACCUCGCUAGCAACGAGCCGCUUCACCACGCUAACUCUUUUAGAUUUUAGAGAAUCUGUGGGAGGAAAAAGGAUGUAGGAAAGGAAGGAAGGAAACAUGAGGAGGAUGAAAGACUUAUUUAUGUGUCCAGGAUGUAUAAUCGGUUUGUUGUUCGAUUGUUAUCGGAGCGCUUGAGGGUUUGAAGUGAAACAACUAAACAUAGUGACGCUUUGACAGCCAAUCAGAAUUAGCGACCCUUCAUCUGUUGCCGUGAGCAACGAUAAUCCGUCUCAUCGGUACGGAGGCCCAGAGGUCAUAAUUAAAAAAUUCAUAUUAAUGCAAAUUAUACAUUUUUAUUCCAGUUUAAAAAACGUUGGCAUAUUAUUAAUAAUAAUACAAUAGCCAAGAUGGGCAUAAACAUCUAUGAAAUACCUUCAUGCAAUCAAUUAUUGGAUUAUAUUAUGUACACUGAUGAUGUAUUGUUCUAUUGUUAUUUACAUCCACUGAGGGAAGCAAUAACAGGUCAACCAAAACAUAAAGUGACUUCAUUAAUGAACAUCGGUGUGUUUUUGGUGCGUUUUGGCUCCUCUGAGCUUCCGUACUUCAGGAUUCAAUAACUCACUCAUUUCAACAUUUAUUACAAACAAAAGCUGCAUUGAGUAUUUUUAGGUGAAACACAAGGCCGUCGGCUUGUGUUUCAUUAUUAGAGUUUCUUUCGGUGAUUUUCUGCAUGCGGGACUUUUCCUUCUCGUGUUUUUUUUCUCGCUUGGGUCUCUGUUGCACUUUUGUUUUUCCGACUUGUUAGCUUGGCUAGCAUUUCUCAACCGGAGCAAUGGCUUCUGCUAGCCGCGAGCUAACAAGACGUCUUUGAUGUUCUGCGAGUUUUGGCUUGUUGUGUUUGUCUCUGAGUUGCUUUUGUUCGGAGAAUGUAGAACUUUGUACAAUCAGAUUAUUAGCAGCAUAUUAUAGUCAUUAUUAUUGUUGUGGAUUAAUAUCACGUUUGUAUAUUUGAAAGCUUUCUGACCUUGGCGCAGGCGUGCAGUGCAACACUGAGUAUAAUUAGCCGCGUUGUGUUCUCUCGUGACUCCAGUUACUCUUCGCUUGUUUCUGCCAUUUGGCAUCCUGUCUGCACUGGAAGUGAAAGCUGAAAUCUCGUUAACAUUCGCACCGCUGGGAAUGUUUAACCAUGGACAUGCAUCUGAUAAUUCACGUUUUAAGUAAAGGGGGGGUAAACAAUGAGGACCCCAAAUGGCGCCGGCAGAGAGAACGGAUGUUUUUUCUAGUGUUCCUUUCCUAACGCGACUAAAUCCACUUUGACCUUUGAAGAAGCCUGAAGGUGGAAAAUCUCUGCAGUGAUGCAAAUGAAGCAUGUUGGUGUUGAUGCUUGAAACUACACAAUUGAUCUUGAAGCAGAUUCCAGAUGUGUUUCCUGUUUGAAGCAGAUGUUCAGCAGCUGCCGUGUUUCUCAUCUGCAUGGCGGGAAAUUGCCUUCUGGCCGCAAGCUGACACGUCUGCAGCGAGCUAAUGUGCUAUUUUGUGGCUGACAGCAUUUGAUUGGCCACAGUCAGGAAUGCUAAACAUGCUAACAGCGCUAACAAACCCAGGAGAUCCGGGCUGACGAAAUAUUUAUAUAUAUAGAUUAGAUUCAAUUUAUUUUACUCAUUUUACUCUUUUUUUGUUAGAGAAGAUUGGAUGUUUAAAACCAAGGUUGUUAAUUAUCAGAAGAAGAACUGAUUCUAUUGGAGGAGGGCCGAUCAAUCACAGCAUAGUGACGAAUCAUAGUGUAAUAAACAAACAACCUUGUCCCUCGUUAUUUAAUCAGGGAUUAAGUUACAUUACAGUAUUAACAGAAGUAAGUAUUGGUAUCACAGUCUGACGCUCGCCGGGUUCAUUUAUCGAUUGUUGGUUUCAUUCCAGAAACACAAAUCAAAAUAAAAGCAAAGGUCAAACUGGAUUGUGAUGUUUCCUGUCAGCCAUGUUUCCACCUUCCGUAAUCAAUAACCAAUGAUCAAUAAGCUAAGCUUUUUCUAUGAUGGAUAUUGUGAUGUUCUGUAUUCACUGGACUCCAAUGGUGCAUGCUCAUUGUAUAACUGUGUGUGUGUGUGUGUGUGUAUAACAGUGGGCGUGUGUGAUUAUGUAACAGUGUGUGUGUGAGUGACAGAGAGGGAGAGAGUUUUUAAUCCUUUAAAGAAGUAUUUCUGCUUCUGUAUCGUGUUCAUAGUGUUUCUGUAAAUAAACGGAAGUGUUUAAAGGCU